AUAACAAACCGUGCGCCUGCGUCGAUCGCACUUCAUAAUAAUAUAGUUAACCAACUAUUAUUAACAAAACUAGUGAUGAUAAUAAUAAUAAAUAACUCAAAUAUUUUUUGAAGUGAAAUUAUAAACUUAAACUUAAAAUGGAUAAGUACACUUAUGAAGCUGCUCCAGUCAACAAUAGUGAUAGUGAAGUGUUGAGUAAUACAAUUAAAUGGAAACCAUUUUUGAAACAGUUGCUGAUUUGCAGCGGAGUAUGGACGUCAAUGUUUCUGUAUGGACUGUGCGUGGGUGCACCCACAAUGUUCAUCCCCCAGAUUAGGCAGGAAGCAAACAAUACUGACAUCAUCUCAGAUGACAUGGCUUCUUGGCUGACGUCCGUGUACGGCUUCAGCGGCUUCCCGUUUGUCUUCAUUCUCUCAUUACUCACCAAGUUCGUCGGCAGGAGGAUACCCUUCAUGAUCGCAGUCCUAGAUACACUGGCUGCCUUCACUGUCCUGUACUGCAGCACAAACAUCACACACAUAUUGAUCAGUGAAAUUAUGCAAGGAUUGUUCAGUGCGUCACAAAUCGUCAUCACAAUUAUGAUUCUCACAGAGUACACUUCACCAAAAUACAGAGGCAUGUUUCUAACAGUCAAGACAGCCACUUUCUAUUGGGGUAUUUGGGCUUCAAAUGCAAUUGGCACCUUCUUCCAUUGGAGGAAGAUUCCUUUGUUUGGAAUUAUAUGUUCCCUUUACACUAUUUUGACCGUUAUGAUCUGGCCGGAGUCUCCAUACUGGUUGGCCAGCAGAGGUCGAUUCAAAGAAUGUGCCGCCUCACACAGAUCACUAAAAGGUUGCGAUGAAGAAUCUGAGAAGGAACUAGAAGUACUUAUCAAUUCCCAAAAGGAAUACAUAGCCAGUUGUGGAGUUGAUGACAUGACUGCUUGUGAACGUAUCAUUGAUUUCUUUAAAACAUUAAAAUCUAAGGAAUUUUAUAAACCAACCUUGCUGUCUAUUAUAACUGGAUGCUUAGGAGUUUUUAGUGGGAAGUUAGUAUUUGCAGUGUAUGCUAUUGAUAUUUUGAAAAAAAUCACAAAUAGUGAGUCGAUGGCGUACACCGCCAUGUUAGUUCUAGAUGGCUUCACAGUGUUCAGUAUGUAUGCUGGUUGCAUUUUAAUGAAACAUUUGAAACGACGUACUUUGUUACUAGUAGCGUCUAGUAUUGGAGUCUUUUUUCUUUUUACCUUAUCAUUGUACUUAUAUUUAAUUUCUUUAAAUGUUAUUUCGGACAACAAUUAUGUUUCAGUGUCCUUACUUGUCGCCUUCUCGAUAGCUGUAAGUUGUGGUCCUAUGAUCAUGUCUAUAUCAGUAUAUGGAGAAUUGAUUCCAGUCAGAUCGAGGAAUCUAUCAGUAUGUUUAAUGGCUUUAGCUGGUAAACUAGUAACAGGACUAACAUUAAAAAUAUCUCCUUUAAUAUUCAGAAAAUUUGGACUACAUGGAGCAUUCCUUACAUUUGGAUUGUUUUCAUUAGCAAUAAUUAUAAUUUUGUACAAAUAUUUACCAGAAACGAAAGAUAAGACGUUACAAGAGAUUUCAGAUAGUAUGAAUAGAAGUAAAAAACAGGCAACUGUAAAACUGUUACCAAUUAAUAACACAUGAAGAUUAUUUUAUACUUAACAUUCAAACUAUUAUAGGAGGGUUGUACGUAUUAUAAAGUAUCUUAUUUUUUAAGAGUUUUAAUGUAAGAUUAUUUUGUUAUUUUCCUAACCUUAUAUAAAACGCCUAUUACAAUAAUUGUAGAUAUUAAAAUAAA